GCGAGUCGAGGCCGCCCGCCGAGCGGCAACCCCCCGACGUUUCAGUGGUACCGCUUCCUUCGUAGCAAGCGAACGCGCGCGUACGUCUGCACUGCGUCCACGGUUCUCCAUGGAUUUUCUACCCUCCGAAAAGUGUCGUUGAAUCAGUACCAUCCUCAAUCUUCGACCACCAACAGUCGCAUCUGCUCGUCACGUGAAUAUUGGAUUCUAUUUCGGUUCUCUUUAUUUUCGUUAUAUUACCAAACGACGAUAAAACAAUUGCAGACAAUUAAAUGUGACGACGUAAACCGUUGACACAAAUUUUCUUUGACUUCAGUACUUACUGUAAUUUUAAUAGACGAACGGUCUUCAAUUAGCGUCGAUGCUAAAGACUGUUAGCUUCGUAAUGGUGUGCGGUCGCACGGAAUAGCCGUUAGUGAAUAGAACAAUCAUUCGGAAAACGAUCCGAUACAAAAUCGAUGCGGUACUUGUAAGCUGGCUCUCAUUUUCUGGGACUCUCGUCCUCGUUUCAACCUUAGCGAAAGCUUUCAAGAGGAGGAAGUAUCUCCACGGAUUCCGAUUUGUCGACGAUGAAUAUAACGACACAAAUCGUGGCAGCCAUAGAAACUGAACAUACACUGGAUAAUACAAAAUAAUUUAAUUGCAAUUGAGAUGAACUUGCUCCUACAUUUCCUGUAUGGCGACAUGCAACUACAAUGCGCCUCCUGAAAAUCCUUCAGGAUCAUUCUGCUAUAACGUGGUUAUGGCUCAAUGAAAGGAGAAGAAUGCAGCACGGCAAAGGAGGCUAGAUGAGCCACAACCUUAAGAAAGGUGCAUGCACACAAUACAUUCAAGUGGUACGCGAAUUACCAAAGCGCACAUCUCUGAGAGAGAACACAAGUGGAAAUAAGCACGUGUGUGGAACAAUACGCGGUCCAUCCUUGGCCCGCCAUUUUGGCGGCAUGGUCCUUUGGGCCACUAUACUAUUCCUCCAAGGAGCUAGUUUUGUCGGUUCGGUGACAGGUAUUCCUGGCGUUCCCGAAAACAUUACUGUGAUGUUCCUGAAUCCGACAUCUGUCCGCGUUUCUUGGAGCACAAGUCAAGUUGAUCAAGUCGAGAAGUACGACGUCACAUAUAAACCAACGGAUGCCAGAUGUUUCAUCACAAAACUACAUGUUUCAUCACAAAAUAACGAUAGGAAACACAAUGACAGUUACAGGGUGGUGCCGGUGAUCGCUGGAAAUAGCGAAGCGGUAACAUUGAGCGGACUCAGAGCUGACACGCAGUAUCAAUUGGCCGUCACUGCCAUCAGAGCUGGCAAAAAAUAUCGAAGUCGACCAAUCGUCUUCCGUACAUUAGAGCCACCACGAACAUCCCCUCAACAGGAUGCAGCGGUAACUGGCGGCCCUCUUCCUCCUCCUCCACCUUCUUCUCAGCAACCUCAGCCCUACAUACAAGUCCGUGGCGUAGAAGUGGGUAUAGUGGUGUUGGUGUUGAUCUUUUGGGCGGGCGCGAUAGCGCUGUUCUUCAAUCGUUGGGGCAAGAUUCGCAUGUUGCUGCCAUAUCAACCCGACUACAAGGAACAGUUAAAGGUUCCUGGCACUGGGGUAUGCGCAGCGGCGAACGCCGCAUACACGCAACACCCGACUCAACACACCUGCUCUCAGCAUCUGCACUGGUCGAACCAUCACAUGGACUCCUUGGAUAGCACUGCUGGACUCGGUUGGUCGAGAACCUCUAGGCCGCGAGUGAACAGCGCCAUCGAUGUGGCCGGCUUUCUAUCCCAGGAAUUUUUACGGAGGCACGGUUCAACAUCGAAGUUGUGUCGAAAGGUUCGCAGUGCAGACAAUUUGCCACUCGCAUCAACAAAUCGACAACCAGAUCAACGUAAUUCAAAGGAAGAAGGCAUCGAUGGCGAUAAAGAGUCCUUUCUGAAACCAACUCCAGAAGAGAAGUCCGAGGAUUCCAAACUAAAGCGACAAACUACUUUUAAAGGUGGUUCGAAGGAAAAUCAUCAACAACAGUCUUCGAAGGAUUCUCCAAUUGCAUCGUCAUCGUCAUUCGUUGGUCGACGGUUUGGAGGAUGGCGAACCAGUGUAAGUCACGAAUACGUUCCUGUACGACAACCUGCUUCCAUGGACGAACGGUAUUAUCGACCGCCUUGUGUUAUCGACGCUCGUCCACCCUGUCAUCACCACUCUCAUCGACGCGUCGAUCACUCGAAGAGCUGCGACUACGCGAGAAGCACGCCCGAGUCGAGCAUCGACGUCCAACACUUCGGUCUGCCCAUACUUAGCGUCAGCGAGCCAAGUCCGCCGGAUGAGAACGACCGUGUAGACGAAUACUUGUAGGACAUGCUUGCCGAGGACUUCUUGAAGGAGCUCCUCGUCUGACCCCGCAUGAUCACUCUGCCACGCUUCGCGUGAUUCGAAACACGUCGAGUAUAUGCCGUUUCGAAAGUAAACUUAAAGCAACCCUUACGAUCUUGCGGCGACAAACCGGACAUGAAAUUCUCGGAAACACGAUCAACGGUUCCAAGUAAAGUCUACGGUUUUGCGACUGUUGCAAGCUGCAGCGGAGAAUUCCCCGGUCGAACGAUGUUUGACGUUCCACUUUCAAAUCGAUUAUGUUCCAAUCGAGGUAUUUUAAACCCGAAAUUCGAAGUCAAUUUUAAGGACAGUCCUCUUUCAUUUGACGGUGGCAUGCGAACGGAUAAGAUUCUCGAUCGUACACUGAUAAAACCGUUUCUCUGCGUACCGAUGACUUAUGCGCCGAGGGAACGUCGGAAGGCUCUAACAGUCUACUAUUGAAAGUAGAUUAAUAAAUUCUCCGUUAUGGAUGAACAGAUUGCGCGCGAGUAUUUUGCUGCGGUGCAGUUAAUGAUAUUCAUAUCGUAUAUACAUGGUCGAAGCGAUAUCCCUUACUAUUGAUCGGUAUGAAACACUGCUGAACGAUACAAUUUUUACUUGUUACUAAUAUAGUUACAUGUCAGAUUCGAAUCGCGUACGCGAAGGAGACUCUUCGACGGAUUGAAAGUAUUGUAAGGAUCAGAGAAAGGGAUAAUAAUUUAGAGAUGUUCUUUCAUUAUAACGAAUGAUUGUACGAUGGACGAGUAACAACAAAAUUGAAUAGUAAUCCAUAAUUCGAAAGGCACAGAAUUUUGUUUGAGUUUUCGCUUCAAAUUCAUAAAUCAGAAGGAAUACGGCGAUGAAAAUAUUCGGCAGUCUUCGAUUCAAUUGUUCAAUACUUAAAAAGAUUAAGUUACGUUACGAAUUAAUAAAUACUUUCAUUACGGUGGGACUUUGAACGUUAUAUGUAGAAUACACGGUGUUACAAAUAUUUUUAAAAUUAUUACGCAAGUAUAGUAAAAGUAUUUUAAACGUUGAAUUUUUGUAGAUAAAGUCUAUUACAGUUGUCCAAUGAUAUUUUAAAUAACGAUUAUAAUUAUUCUUUGAUUAACAGAAAUGAAAAAAGAAAUCUUCUUUAUAUGAUCAAAUAUGCAUCAAUGUUUUUUUAAUCGCUUGAACAUAGCCUCAUAUUUCUACCAAUUAUCAAUUUUUAAUAAUUCCGUUUGAUUUUUCGUGUUGUUUGUUUUAAAUUAUCAAAGAAAUUAAACAUUUUAGAAUGAAUGAUUAAAUUGUAUUAAUAUAUACGUUAAUAUGAAGAUUUUCGCAAUGAAAAUACAAUCAAAUUAUUAAAAACCAGAAAAAUGAAUACCAGAAUAAAUUAAAAAUAUUUAUUUUUAAUGGUAUUUACAAUGUUACAAUGAUUCUUCGUAGUCUGACAGUGUAUGAAACACGCAGACAGAAAAUCUUACAAUUAUAAAACUAAAAAUAGAUUAUUUACGUUUAAAAACAUUCAGCGGCACAUCUUACACUCCUGCAAUUGUAUCCUUGUAUUCAAAAUAACAAUGCAGUUGAACACCUCGUAUAAAUCUAUCAAAAGUUAACAAAAUUCUUCAUGAGGAUUUACUAAUUGUAAUAAAACGAUAAGAUACUUUAAGAAUCUUGUAAAAAAAUUUAUUAAUGUAGUCUACAUUUCAAAAUUAAAGAUUCUUGAAUAUAAGUUUAAAAAUAUUUUAUAUUAUUUUAUAAACUAUAAACAUCCUACAAUACUUUUACAAAUUUAAUAAAACUUUCGAAAUGCGUUGUAUAAUUCACAUCUUGAAAAUUUCUCUUUAUUAUUUUACUAUAAUGAAGUUAAUUUAUUAGCCGUUUUGAAAGAUUCGAAAAUAAGAAAAUAAGAAAAACUCUCUGUUAUCUAACAAAUAUUAUUCAACUAUAUGAAUAUUUUGCUUUCAAAUAAAUAUAAAUUUGAAAACUAAUUAACUACUGUCAGAACAUAAUUAUUUUGGAAUUUGUAAUGUAACUAUAUUUUUUUGGCAUUUGACAAUUCACUCGAAGGCGUUCAAAUAUUUUCACGAGCCAGUAUGCAAUACAUAAUACUUACAAAAAGUUCAAGAAUGAUUCUUAUUGCUUCAGUUGAAUAUAGUUCUUUCUUUUUAAUAGAGUCCUAAAUGAGACACAAUGGUGACCACAAAGAAGUUUAAAAUUGAUAUAUUUACAUGUACAAUAAGCAAACAAUGCAAUUGUUUAAACUGUUUAAACUUUUAUUGAAAAAUAAACAAACAAUAUAUAAUGGAUUACUACUAUCAUUCUAAAACUUAUUUCAGUUACAAAAUAAUAUUAAAACAUAUUUAUAAUUUUAUUACGGUAAUGAUAUUUUUCAAUAUUAUUUUAUAAUUCUUUAAAAUCCCAUACUGUGCGGUUAUUUUCAUAACUUAUUUUCUAUACCUGCAAUCUAGUUUUGCUUUUGUUCUAAUAACGCAAUUCAUAGAAAUUCCACGGGACGAAUCAAUCGUCAAUGUUUAUUCCACUUGUUUUCAUGUUGCACACAAAAUAUCCAAAUAUUAUUCUAAUUUUUUAAAUAAUUCAUAUAUUUGUAAUGAAUAAGUUACUACGAAAGGAAAAAAUGAAGAAGCUUCUUUUUUGGCCACCAUCUCGAAUUCUUAAAAGAAUACAGGAAGACGAAAAAAAGAGGCCGUAUGUCUUAAUCAAAUGGCACGCAUACGUCGAACUGAGUGUGCACGUUACUGAUCGAAAAUAUAAUGAACGACGUGGUACGAUCGAAUUCAUCAAGUAAUGUCAAUUGCACAGAUAACUAAUAUACAAAGCCCUAGUUUAACAAGACACUCCAAUCGUCUCUUUCUCCGUACAACUCUAAAGGUUGAUUCAUACAACUAAUCGAUGUUUAUUCCAAGUAAUACCGUUCUAUACGGCUUAAUGGAUGUUUCGUAUGAAUACAUAAGGAUCGCAUAUAUGUUGCCGUUCUGUGUUUCCCCCUUUUUCCUAUUCAAACUUCUGUACUCCAUUUUUCACUGACAUCAAACGCGGAAUUAUUCGAAUGUGCAACUCGCUAGGAUACCACAACUUACAAAUAUCUUUCAUGCAAAAGCAUUCAAUGACACACAACCAAUUCUAACAAUAAGUGUCAUAUUGAUUAUACAGUAUACAUAUAUAGUAUGGUUUCUGUAAUUUCGCGGUUAGGCGACCCGCUUUACCCAUUGCACUCUUUUGUAGAGUGCACUGAAUAUCAAUUUCAUUCGCAGAUACUACUACAGCGUCUGAUAAAAACAUUAGGGCUACCAUUGAUGUCAUCUUUGAGAAGAUCAGCAAUGAAUCAGCAAUCUGAUUUUUAUCUGGUCGUUUGCUCAUAUUUAUUUUUUAUAAUUCAGGCUUAAUUUCGCUGCUUAAUUCUUGGUCUUAACCCGUUGCACUCCAGAGCGUCACUUAGUCGCAACUUGAUUUGACACAGCGAAAUUGUAAAGUUUGAUAUUUAACACAUUGUGUACCGGUUAAUUCUUAAAAAACUGAGAUACGUAGCCGAUGAUUCUUAAUGAGAUUAACUUAUACCGCUACAUAUAAAAUAUUCAAAUAUCUUAUUGUUAUUUCAUCAAUUUUAAAACAAUGUUAAAAUAAUUAGUUCUAAUAAAAUUUUAUAUUUUUUUUAAAUGACGUAGUAGUUAGCAAAGUUACGAAGGUAGGUAUUUAUAUGAAAUCGAGAUUUCUCGUUUCCGGUACGCAAUGUGUAACAUUAAACUUUUUAUAAUGCGUCAAUAUGUGAAAUAGUGAAAUGAAAUAGUUUCAUUUUCGAAAUUAUGUACGAUUUUUCGUCAAGUUGGUUUCAGGAAAUGUCUACCUCAUUAAAAAAUAUUGAGUAUUUACACUAAAAUGCUUCUGGCGUGCAAAUGGUUAACAGUACGACGAAGCAAUUAUUAUUAAAUUACCUUUUGGAGUUCCAAUACCAUGAUUACCGCGAAAAAUGUGACGUAAAAGCUAUGGUGGUCGCAAUUGUUUAUCAGGGAUUAUAUAUCAAGUCACAUUCAACAUUUUUGAGUACUUCAUCUAUUCUCAACAUAAUUUCUAAAUAAAACUAUUUCCAUUACUUUUUGUCGAUUAACUGUCCUUUGAAGUGUAUUUUUAAAACGCUUGAAACAUUACAAAGUUAUUGAGAAAGAAUAUAUUCUCGUGGUUUAAUUAAGCACAGUCUCGAGAAAGAAAAAUAGGGAUAAAUGUUACCCAAUGAGAGCGAAAAUGAAAUAGCUUCCAUUAUUCCCAGGCUUCGCGAAGUUACAGUGGCAAUACUAUUUUCACGUGUACAUGAAACACCUGAAUGUCAUUUUGUACGAAAUCGUGCAUUUCAAUUACCUUGUGCGACAUAUUUCAUGUUCCCUUAAAGUUGUUGAAACUACUUUUCUUUAAGUGAUUCAAGCAACAUAGAAUCGUUCAUAGGACAAACUGACUAACUCUACUUUGAUCGUUUUCAAAUUUUUGUGUGGUAAAAUGCUUGAUUGUUUACGAAAUUUUAUCGAAUUUGUCUACUUCUUGUCUCGUAGUGUUAAUCAACUUGACAAACGAAUGGCUCAUAUAUUACGUGACUUAUCGUGCAGGUGCUACUAUCGAGUAUCGUAUUGACAGUAUCAUGUACACAGAAAUAAAAAUGGGGCGAAUGUGGAACGCGAAACAAUUUGUCAGAGAAAUUUUGACAGUAUAUGAACAAGAUGAAUUUUGUAACAUCAUACUAUACGUACGAAGUCGAUACGAACGGAAUGAAAAUUUAAUAUACGUGGCGGACAGAAAAAUAAUCGCCCGUGGACACGACUGACAGUGAACUGUAGGCAGUUAAAAUAGAAAACAAAUAUUCCGAAGGAAACUAUUUGUUACCUUAUUGAAAAAAUAUAUAGUAAAAUAAUUUUGAUAUCAUUUGAAUAUGAAAUAGUUUUACAAAAAUAACUGAGAACUUAAUUGAAAGUAACAUACGAAUAGUAUGCUAAAAUUCAAGUAACAAUGGAAAUAAUUGUCUUUAUUUUGAAUUAAAUUCGAGCAAAAUGAUUUAAGUAAGUAUUUAUGGUCAGUAACGUCAAUAUUAAAAAACCCAUACCAUGAAUAUCUGUAUUUCAAUGACAACUUCGCGAUCAACUGCGCGAAGAACCACAAUGGAUUUUCCUACAAGAAAUUCGGAAUUAUACGUUAAUUCUACGUGUCCUCUGCAAAAUAUGACAUCCCAUAUUUGCAGUUGUGUAGAUUAAGAAAGCUGUUAUUAUCAGUGCUCAAACACAAGAAUCGACCAAAGUCAAUAUUACGCAUCCUGUUACACGACAUGGUAAUGACUUCGAAUAAAUUCUUGUGUGAAUCGUUCGUCCUUUUGUUUAAUCAAUCUUAAGUAACGACUUGACGAAAGUACGUUUCGUAAAACUAAAGUUGAAACAUACACGCAAAUUCGGUAAUCUUUUUUCUUUAUUACCGAUAGCUGCAAUUAAACAAUUUUUUUAAUUUCUUAAUUUUAAAAAAUAAAUUUGAAAAAAUUUGAUCAUAAACGUUCGAACGAUUGCAGAAAUUCGUUAAGACAUUUACCAAAUUGAACGAAUAUCAUUGCGGUAUGUAAAAAGUCACGAUUAUCUAUGCACUAAUUUAAAUAACUGCAAGUACAUAUUUUAAACGUUCUUUCGUGCUUACUGGAAAAAUCAGCGGAAUUAUGAUUCC